AUUGAACCAAGUUCGAGGUUGUCGCAACGUAUCUCACAAACCAACUGAUCCAUUCGAAAUCUAAUCGCAACAAUGCUGAUCUCAUUGACAGUCGGCAAGGUCGAUGCCGGUGUUGCAGUCCUUCUGACCCAAGACAAACGACUUGUAUGUUCGCAUUCACGCCGGAUGGCCCCUUACCAGAUGCCAGCAAUCUAACUACUCGUCCAGAUCGAAUUUCCUUCGAUUCUACUACCUCCCAAUAUCUCCUCUGGAAGUAUAGUAGACAUCACAGUCGCCCGAAACCUCAACUCAGAAACCAAAUCCCAAGCUGCUUUCCUUGCGCUCCAAGACUCCAUCUACUCCUCCUUCGGCGACUCGGAACCUGUCGCACCCAAACUAAGCUGCAGAAAUGCAACUCAAACAUCCGUAGUCCUUGAAUGGGACCCAAUCGAGGUCGCAACGGCAGAUGUUAUCUCCCUCUCCCUCUUCCGCAAUGGCCAGAAAGCCGGCAACAUCCCCCGACCCACGACGAUGCACAGCACGAAGAUCAGUGGUCUGGCAGUCGAUACGGAAUACACAUUUCACUUGGUAUUGAGGACAAGUGCAGGCACUUUCAGCAGUGAUAAAGUCGUUGUUAAGACGCAUAAGAUGACGGACUUGAGUGGUAUUACAGUCACACCUGGUAUUCUACCUGCGCAGUUGAGGGAUAGUCUCACCAGGGCCGUGGAGAGGAUAGGAGCCAAGUUGGCGGAUACAGUCCGGAUCGAUACUACACACUUCGUGACUACGGAAGGGAGAGGUCUACUUUGGGAGAAGGCGGUUGAGAUGAACAUCCCAGUGGUUCGGCCGGAAUGGGUCGAGGGUUGUGAGAGAGGAGGCAGGAUCGUGGGUGUCAGGCAGUAUUAUUUGGAUGCCGAUCCAAGACAACGCCAGAUUGCUCAAGCCGAAAUACCUGCUCAGUCACCACCGGAGCCAGCUAAAGAAUCGCCUUUACCUAGUCCACCUGCAACCAACGGCUCAAGUCAAGCAAUUCCUCCUACACCACCCGCGAAGGAUGCGCCCAAGGAGGAACAGGAGAGUAGCGAUGAUGAGGAAGAAGACAAGGAAGACAAGACCGCCGUUCAGGACGAGCAGAAAGUCAGGGUUGAGGACAGAGAUCAGCAUAAAGUUGCACUACGGCCCGCAGCGCCUGCAUCAACAUCCGAAUCAGAGGAAAAAGACGAGAAGUUGAAAGAGCCUGCUGAUGAGAACAGUGGAUCAGGUUCUCAGACGCCAGGUAAUUCGAGUUUCCAAGAUGUAGCUCUCUAGUUGGACUGGUUUGGGUCACCAAUGCUUCGCUUUUCACAAUAUACCUAGGAUUCCUUCGGCUGGCUGCGAUCUGCUUGAGCAGCAUGGUGUUGGGGGAUAUUUGGUGUGUAGCUAGAAGAGCUUCAAAAAAUAAGAUGGACACUUUGUACAAGUAGCUUUUCAUGAGAGUGAGGUCCAACUCUUUUACUUUCCAGAAAGCCAAG